GUCUGGGCUCAAGUGCAUACAAGCUAUGUGUAUUUCCUGUCUGGGCUCAGUCCUCGUGUGGGCCCAGAGCUUUCUUGCACUGCCCUUUGAAGGCGCUCGGACUUCGAUGCGCUCGGCAUGAGCGGUUUUGCCCCGGUUGUGGGAUUUGUCUUUGCAGCCGCAGAGGUCGUGACGGCCGUUCACUCCAUCACAAUCAGGCCAAGUGUAUCAGCAACUCCGCGACCAGUCGCGGCGAUUGACGGUACCACGACUUUUUCCGGAGUCGCCGAGGAGGAGCCGUGGGACCUGUUCGGCGCCCGCCCCGACGCCUGGCUGGCCACCGAGGGCGCAGACGGCGGGCCGGUCCGCUUCGGCCUGAAGGACCACGACGUGGCGGUCCGGGUGCGGGAUGCCCAGGACCCGCUCGCGCACCGGCUGCAGCACCCCAGGUUGACCGAGACAGAGAGGAUGACAGCUGGCAAGACGUCCUGGCUACUUACUGGCGCCUUUCUCUUCUGCUGGUCCGCGCUGGCAGUGUUGUGGUCUGGGGCCCCGCCGAAGACGUCUGCAGUAUCGCAGACGCCAGUCGUGCACCAACGAGACCCUCGAUGGGACAGACUCCGCUUCCACCUCAUGACGAUCAUUAUCCAAGGUGGCGGAUCUGGACGCAUUGGGUUGGCAAGUGGGGCAUGGAGACCACGAAGGCUGGCUGGGUUGUCCUUAAUUGGGGAUUCGCCAUACACGUCAUAAGUUUUGUUUUUCUCUCGGGUGUCUUCUCCCAGCGGUACGCCGUGAACGUGCAGAAAAAGGGCUUAAGGGAGUCCAUUCACGUGGUCUGGAACUGUCUAGACAUAUUCCUUGUGUACCUCAUUUUCUCAUGGAUGCGCGGCUUGAUGUCCCUCACACUGAUGCAACCACAGCUUGGAGUUUCUGGCAUCUUGCUUCGAGUGCUCAAAGGGACCUUCCUGUUUCAUCAAGCACCCUGGUAUCUCUCAGCACUCAUCGUCUGGAGGCUCUCCGUCUUCGUCCUCUGGCGCAUACCUGGCAUGUUGAUGAUCUCCUUGUGCGUCGGCGCGAUCUGCCCGUACGCGGCCCUCCAAGCAGCGAAGGACCCGUUCGCCCUGCGCGAGGUGAUGCACUACAUGCCUUUCUUCGCGCUCGGCCUUGCGUGCGGCGAGGAGAGGUUCGAGCGGAUCAUCGGAUCGCUGGGGAGCAAGAUAGGCCCCGCCGUUGGGAUGUUGGUGCUCGUCGUCCUCGCGGUCACGAUAGCCGGCCCUCUAGGGCCUCUGUUUGGCGACCCCAGGCUGCGUUGGGUGCUGCUCAAGAAGGACGUGCCGCCCCCCGACGUCGGGGGCUAUUGGCUGAUGAUGUUGCUCUACCUCGUGAAAACACUGUCGAUGACUGCGGCCAUGGUGGCUUUCGUGGCGCCCACCCGCACUGUAUUGGACAGGGCGUUCGAGAAGGCCGGCCAGCGCUCCAUGAUGGUCUACAUGGUGCACAUGGUGUUCAUCAUGGUGCCAGGCGAGUGGUUAUGUGACCAGAGACCCGUCGGCGAAGACACUGGUCGUGCUGUCCUCAUCAUCGCAGCGCUCUUCGUGCUGGCGGUCGCCGUGAACUUGCUGUGCGGUUCGGACGCCACCGCUUUUCUCUUCAGGCCGCUGAUGGAGCCUCUGUCAACCUCGAGGCGCAUUCUCGCGAAGGCCAAGGACAUCGCCAACGCCAGGGAAGUUGCGGACUGAGUGCGCGGUCAGGGAGGGCGCAGGAUGCGAAUGCAGACGCAAGCCCGUUGAUUGACAGGCAGGCUGAAACAGAUGCGGGGCAUGGGAAAGUAAAUCAGGUAAAUAUGCGUUGGCGCUGGUCAGGCAAACUGUCAGAAUAAGCGGUGCGAGCCAUGAUUUCAAUGAGACUGGUGACGUCACCUCUGGCCAGCAUGAUGACAUCACUGGGCUCACACGCAACCCCCGCUGUAGGUUAUUCAUCGCCGCUCGAGCGGAUACAUGAUGCCAGCAGGCAGCGAGCUGGAGCGGCCGCGGGGGAGCGGGCCCCCGACCCGCGGCCCACGGUGCACAACAGGG